AUGUCGGGGUUCGAGGAUAACGGUGGAAGUGCCGAAGAGAAGAGUAUGGGCCAAGGCGGGGAUGAUAUGGACCAGGAGGAUCAAGAGGUGGCUGCUGGUGUUGCUGCUGGUGGCGACAACGGCGAUGAUGAGUUCAUGGAGGCGGGUGACAUCGCAGCGGAGUUUGAGAUAGGCGACGGAGAGGAAGAAGGCGGCGGCGCGGGGGCAGAGGAAGAGGGGGAGGGAGAGGCUGGUGCGGAGGUGGAGGUGGAGGACAUGGCAGUCGCGACCUUCACGGGACACUCGGACGCAGUCUACUGUGUCGCUGUCCAUCCGAAAAACCCUUCCCAGUUCGUGACCGGCGGAGGCGAUGACAAGGGCUUCCUUUGGACUAUCCAGGACGACGGGGCUGUUGGCGGCUCUUGCGAACUCGGCGGGCACCCCGAUACGGUCUCGGCCGUGGGCUUCAGUUUAGACGGAAGCCUCGUCGCCACGGGAUGCUUCGGGGGCCUGCUGAAGGUCUGGGAAGCUGCGACGGGUGGUUUGAAGCAUGUCCUGGAGGGUCAGGAAGACAUCGAGUGCCUGGCGUGGCACACGUUGGGGAGUGUUUUGCUGACGGGGAGCCAGGACGGUACCGUGUGGAUGUGGGAGGCCACGGCGGGCACGUGCAUGCAGGUGUUCGCCGGGCACGAAAGCAAGGUGUCGUGCGUGAUGUUCACGACUUCCGGGAAGGCUGUGGUCACGGCAUCCGACGACGCCACGGUGAGGGUCUGGGCGCCGAGAACAGGGGAGUGCCGGCAUUCCUUCUCCGGACACGGCUUCCACGUGGGGUCGGUGACGUGCCUGGCCAGUCACCCAAACCACGCGCAGGCGGCCCUUGUAAUGUCGGGGGGCGAGGACGGCACAGCCCGCGUGAUGCACGUGCAGAACAAGCGCGUGGUGGGGACAAUGGUGCACUGCGACGCGGGAGCGGGGUCGGUCGAGGCGGUCGGUUUUUGCGCCACGCACCCUUGGGUAGCGACCGGCGGUACGGACGGUGGGAUGAAGGUGUGGGACACCGUGUCGGGGACUUGCCGACACACAUGCUUGCACCCGGCGGCCGUGACGAGAUUGGAGUGGCACCCUGCAGCUCCGCUGGUGUUCACGGCCUGCGUCGACGGAAACGUGCGCGUGUGGGACGCCCGCACCGGCGUCUGCACGAGCCUGUUCACCGGCCACACGGACAUGAUCCUGGACAUGCGAUUGGUCGACCCGCGAUCGCAGGCGGCAGGUGCGGGAGGGGGGGGGGGAGGGGGAGAGGUUGUCCCCUUGUUGGUGGUGACCGCGUCGGACGAUAACGCCUCGAAGGUGUUCCGAUGGCCCUCUCCGGGUGCCGAAGCCGCGGCAGCAACGGAGACAGCAGCGGCAAGGCCAACCGCAUAA